AUGUCGGAAGUCACGUCCGAAACCACUUCAACCCCUGCCGCUGCCAUUCUGGUGAAAAUGUCCAACUCUCGCUCUGUCCAAAUCACCACCAUCCGCCUAAAUGGUGAUAAUUUUCUCCGCUGGUCACAAUCUGUCCGGAUGUAUAUCCGUGGGCAAGGAAAGAUCGGUUACAUCACUGGUGACAAGAAGGCUCCUGCUGUUAAUGAUCCGCUGUUCGACAGUUGGGACGCUGAAAACUCCAUGGUUAUGACAUGGUUGGUCAAUUCCAUGGAGGAGGAUAUAAGCUCUAAUUACAUGUGCUAUCCUACUGCACAAGAAUUGUGGGAUAAUGUUAGUCAGAUGUAUUCUGACCUAGGAGAUCAAUCUCAAGUUUUCGAAUUAACUUUGAAGUUGGGAGAGAUUCGUCAAGGAGAUGAUUCCGUCACCAAAUAUUUCAAUUCGUUGAAAAGGUUAUGGCAGGAUCUUGACAUCUUCAACACAUACGAAUAG